UGAGGCUGAAGAAGGAAAAGGAUGGAACAUUUGUCGUAAAAGAGAUAGUCUGGGAACACAACCACAGGCUACAGCUCACCGCAUAAAUGCUUGUCUUCUUGCAGUCCCACAAAAACUUUGACAAAACAAUCUUGGAGUACGUCAAGUACCUGCAGUUCAAAGGCAUUGAACACUCGCAAAUCAUGAGCAUUCUGGGCGGUGAUGACCCUGGUAGCUACUUCCUCGAAAUGAAUGCCAAAGACCUGAUUAACCUGAAAGCAAAGAAUUCAAGGAUUGAUGAUGUGGAUGAUGUCCUAAAGACUGUCAACUUCUUUAGGGAGAUGAAAGCUAUAAACAGGGAAUUCUUCUGUGACAUGCAACUCGAUGAGUCCGACAGAGUUAAGAACAUAUUUUGGGCGAACGCAAGCUGCCGAGGAGCGUAUCAGGACUUCGGGGACUGCGUAACAGAUGAGGAUGCAGAUUCAUUCAAGUGGUUGUUCAGGACAUUUUGA